CCCAUCCCAGCCCGUCCUGUCCUGUCCCGUGCCGUGCCGGCAGGAGAGCAGAGCCAUGCUGCACUGGGGAUACGACGAGCACAACGGGCCUGCCCACUGGAAGGAGGUUUUUCCUGUCGCUAAUGGAGACCGUCAGUCACCCAUCGACAUCAAAACUGAGGAAACCAAGUAUGAUCCCUCCCUCCGUCCUCUAAAUCCCAGUUAUGAUCCAGCUUCUGCUAAAAUCAUCCUUAACAACGGGCACUCCACCAGUGUGGAGUUUGAUGACACCGUAAACAAAUCAGUGCUGACUGGGGGGCCACUCAGUGGGACCUACAGGCUGCGCCAGAUCCACUUCCACUGGGGGUCCAAUGAUGAAGCUGGCUCUGAGCACACGGUGGAUGGGAUGAAGUAUGCGGCAGAGCUUCAUGUGGUCCAUUGGAAUGCAGAGAAGUAUUCCAGUUUUGUUGAAGCAGCUUGUCAGUCAGAUGGACUAGCAGUUAUGGCUGUAUUUCUGAAGAUUGGUGAAUGCAACCCUCAGCUGAACAAGAUUACUGACCGCUUGGACACCAUCAGAAUCAAGGGAAAAAAAGCACUAUUCACAAACUUUGAUCCCAGCUGUCUGCUUCCCAAGUCCCUGGACUACUGGACUUACUUUGGCUCUCUCACUGUUCCACCUCUUCUUGAGAGUGUCAUCUGGAUUGUUCUGAGAGAGCCCAUAAGUGUUUGUUCUGAACAGCUGGCCAAAUUCCGCAGCCUCCUGAGCACUGCUGAGGAUGAGGUCGCCUGCUGCUUGCUGAGAAACUUCCGGCCUCCCCAGCCCCUGAGGGGACGAGAAGUCAGAAGGAAUUGAAGGAGUAAAUCCAGAGUAGGCUCCCUCUGAAACCAAAGACCAAAUUCAUUUUAAUAGUUAAUAUACUUUGUGAUGUUUAAUUUCUUUUUGUGAGUUGUUUUUAACCAAUAGGUGUUGUUUUAUCAGUGGUUUCCAUGCAGUCAUUUCUCACACAUGUAUGUCUGGAAUUGUCACAGGUUCAUUGAUGUUAGCAGGUCUGACUGGGUUUGAGUGCAUUGUCUUGGAAGUACUGAGCCAUCAGCAUUGCAUACACAGAGGUCACUGCUAAAAAAUGGUGAAGGAGUUGCCCAAAUUUUGCCACCAAAUUACUGAACAGGAUCCUUAGUAUUAUUGACAAUUUGGGAUGUUCUGGGAUUAUUCCUCUGGUCGCUAACAUAACAUUUAACUUCUUUAUAAACCUCACAUUGCAGUUCUCAAGGAAAAAAGUUUCAAGGAUGAUGUAAUUUCAUUGCUGACUUCUGCAAUACCAUAUUUACGUUCCUACAAAAAGUAGUAAUGACUAGCAGCAUUUAAGACAGAUAUUUAUAUGAUCCUGUUAUUCUGGCUGCUUCAUAGCAGUAAUCAUGUACUGAUUGAUAGUUUUUUAAAAAGCAAAUAGUAAAGAUUUUGUAUAUUGCAAGAUUAUGUCAGGUGGAUUAGUUAUUCCUGAAUUUCACAAUGUCACAAGAUGAAAUUGUCCUGAAACCUGAAAACUGCAAGGUGGAAGGGCACAGAGGGAGCUGUUUGUGCCUAAAUCCAGUUUGUUGCACUUGGUGAAACAUAAGGGAUUAUUACACUAUAUCCAUGUAGUAUCACACUUUUGCCCCUUAAAAUCAAGAGGCAGGGGUAGCUAUUGUUGCAGACCAUUGCACGCUGCAGUGUGAACCACAUGCUGCUUACCUCUCCUCUCACUGUGCAGCACAGUACUGCCAGGUAUAGAAUGUGUCAAGGUGCUGGCUGAUGUUCUGCUGUCAUAGGUGAACUUCAGUGGUUGCACUUACAUUCCAAGACCAAAGAGAAUAGUCAGAGACAGCCAAAGAAAUGGGAAUCAAGUCAACAUCUAAUAAAAAGCUCAGCCCUCAGUAGCUAUAUGUUGAAACUUCUGUCUCUAUAAGUUGACUUGAGCCAGUGUUUCUCUCAGGAGCCUUUUUUAUCUGAAUAUAAUUGGGGUUUUUACACCAAAUAUUUUUAUUAAUGAACAUGCCAUAGGAUGUAGCUUAGGAUAGAAUUAGAUUUACUCUCAAACUGUGAGAACUGUAUAGUGAAAUCCAGUGAGUGAUACCUGAAAGAGACAGCUAGAGGUUUUACUGGCAGCAACUUACACCAAUCUCUGUAAUACUUCUGACAAAUUCAUCUUCCAUAACUGCUCUCCUUUAAUUUUUAAAUAGGUUUUAUAUGCUCUGCCUUUUACCUCAGUGGGUCAUUUGAUCUUAGAUGAACAAACAUGAGGGAAAUCACAAUUGGGAUUGACUUUAUAUGCUGUUUUAGAACAAUAAAUUUGAUAUAGACAUAUAGGUAUUUUAUCUUAGUUGAAGAUACGUGGAAUUCUUUGUUUUCUCCUCCCCAGAAUAUAGCUAUUAUAUUCUGCAAGGCCUCCCAAUGCCUUUUGAAUAUUUUCUGAAGAAAAGAACACAAACAGACCAUUGAAGAAAAAAAAAGGCAUUUAGCAGCACUAAAAAGAAAAGUGAGAGUGUAUGUUUUCACUCCCUUUUUUAGACUUAAGAUUGGAUCUCAUAUGUUUCCCUGUUAUGUGAGUAGCUACAGAAUGUGGAAAAAAUGUUUACAAAUUGCAGGAAGGAUACAAAGGAUUUGUUGGUCUCAGAAGAGAAAGGAAUAAGACUACUUCUUCCUAUUGUAAACAGAAGUUUUACAUAUUUCUUACAUAUUGUAAACAGUGGAGUUGAUUAAUUCUUUUAUAUUUAUAAGGGUUUUAUCAAAAUAAAAUAUGGAUUUUAUGAAUGUG